ACGAUCUUCGAGAACCAGGGGAAGCGGUUCUGGGAGAUGCCGACGUCAGCUUGGGACGACAUCAACAACGUGGGGCUACGGGGUCACUACAUCUGCUCAGUGUACGCCGCGCGCAUGAUGGUGGAGACGGGGAGGGGGCUGAUCGUGGUCAUCUCCUCCAUUGGGGGUCUGCGAUACCUGUUCAACGUGCCGUACGGCGUGGGCAAGGCCGCGUGUGACCGGCUGGCCCAGGACUGCGCGGCAGAGUUACGCAGACACGGGGUGACCUACGUGUCGCUGUGGCCGGGGGCCGUCCGCACCGAGACCACCACUGCCAUCCUCAAUGCACAGCCCACCAGCCCGACCCAGGCCAAGAUAUUCGACAUGUUCAGCAAGGGUGAGACCCCGGAGAUGAGUGGGAUGUGCAUCGUCGCCAUGGCAAAGGACAAAAACAUCCUGAGGAAGACGGGCAGGGUGCACCUGACCUGCGACCUGGCUACAGAGUACGGACUGUCAGACGUGGACGGACGGCCGCUGGUACAGUACCGGUCCCUGGGCUUCCUCCUCGGGCAGGUGUGGGGCCUGGCCUGGCUCGGAUCUCUGCUGCCCGCCUUCCUCAAGGUUCCCAAGUGGCUGAUGGCGCUGGGGGCCAGCCGCUUCUGAGGGGCCUGAGCCGGCGGCUCCUGGGGGAGCUCACUCCCCACCCCCCCCCCCCACGGGCCCAGGGCUCCCUCCCUCCCCUCCCCUCCCCUCCCACCUCGCCCUCGGUCAUCCCACUGUGACCCCGACUCCCUCUGCUCCCCUCCCCACCCCUCCCCUCCCCACCUCUCCCCACCCCACCCCUACCCAAUCCUCCCCACCCCUCCUCACAUCUCCACACCCACACCUCCCCAACCACCCUCUCCCACCCCUCCCCGCCUCCCCCUCCCAACCCUCCCCGCCCCUCCCCUCCCCACCUCUCCCCUCCCCACACC